AGUUGACGUUGCAAUGUUCGCCUACAACCUAGUAGUGGGUAUAGUUUUCGUAUGCUCUCGCAAUUAUUAACCAAGUAACGUAUGAUUUUAUUGUUAUAUUUAAGAAUAAUUAUUGACAAGACCGUGGCGCUUACGACAACGAUUAUUAUAUAAAAUAUCAUCAAUUUCCAUUGGCAUUUUUAGUAUACCGUCCCUCUCGCCUCGUUACCACUCUUUCUAUUUGUGUACACCCUCACUCGUUAUCCGCACGCACCAAUUGGAAUUUGAAAAGGAAAAGACGCCAGACACGACGGUAAUAAUGAAGCUUAUCACGAGUUCCUUCGCCUUUCCUCUUGCCGUAGCUACGGCGGCGGUCGCGCCGCGCUCAGGUCCAGCCCCGCCAGGCCCUUGGACAGCAGGAGUCUGGAAAAUCGCACAAGGAACGGAUAUUUUCUUCUUUGGCACGGCAAUCAACGCGAAUGGUGGCAAAUUUUGGAUCAACAGGGAGCCGAGUGCAGAAUGUCCCAGUGACGUCGAAGGCCUAGAUUGUUCUGCAUAUCCGGGCUCCGAGACCGUGUUUACCGGAGGAAAUGGCACGCUAUCCCUAAAUGUCGCCGUCCCAGGGGGCCAGCAAGUUUACAUCGCCGAGGAUGGCUCCCUUUCCUACACCGUGCCGCACUCGGGAGCAUUGCCCGACGGUGCUGUAGCUACAGGCUUCGCGCGUAGCCGAAGUGAGGCUUUUGGUGCUCCAGUAGGGUUAUACAACACCGGUCGCUAUUGGUCAAUUUGCCCUGUUGGUGAGGGUGAGCCUCGAGAGAUACCUUAUCAGCUUUUUAUUGGAGAUUUCAAGAGCGACGGUUGUUACGGAACCGAGGUCAGAACGUAUUCGGCGGAUGGUGUCAGCGCUUGGGAAUACUAAUUGUUGAGUUUGAAAAAAUAUCCUUAUUAUCAUUUUGAACUACUAUCAAAGGUUUUCCAAUUCGUACCCGUCAAAACACUUUGGGAAAAUUGAGAGAAUCAUUUAUUUUCGUGGCUGCUGAGCUUCCCAGACGACGAUUCCUGGAUUCGAAGUAGGCACAACGUAGUAUUGGAUGCAUGCAACCAGCCCAUCAUAAAAACAAGUUAUAAUAGACG